AUGUCUCAAGAUUUAUUCGAAGAACUACAUGAACUGCUCAUCCCAAAAAUAAGCAAAUGUACCACAAACUGGAGGACGCCUAUUUCUACAAGAGAAAGACUUGUAAUCUGUCUAAGGUACUUAGCUACGGGUGAUUCACAUCAGACCAUAGCCUUUUCCUUCCGAGUAGGUCGUUCAACAGUCGGUGGUAUUGUAAAAGAAGUCUGUACAGAAAUCUGGAAUACAUUACAACCAGAAUAUAUGCCAUCGCCUACUGAAGAGACAUGGAAACAAUCAGAGAAGGGUUAUAGGGAAACCUGGAACUUCCCGAAUUGUGUCGGUAGUAUUGACGGGAAACAUGUCUCUAUAAAGUGUCCCAAAAAUAGUGGAUCAGAAUAUUUUUGCUACAAGAAGUUUUUUUCUGUAGUUCUUCUUGCUAUAGUCGCUAUAGUCGUGUUACAAUUUCACCGUCAUAGAUGUCGGUAG